AUGGUGAACAACCUACAAUCCUUUCAAGUCCCGAUUCUCAACAAGAGCAACUUCGAUAAAUGGAGUAUUAGAGUGAAGGCUCUACUCGUAGCUCAUGAUAUGCAGGAGAUUGUAGAGAACAUAUAUGAAGAACAGCUGAAUGAAGCAGUGCUAUCCCAACAACAUAAGGAUAGGCUAAGGGAUUCAAGAAAGAGUGAUAAGAAGACUCUCUUCCUUAUCUACCAAGCACUGGGAAAUGAUGACUUCGAGAAGAUCUCGAGCGCAUCCACCGUGAAAGAAUCUUGGAAUAAGUUACAAGUAUCGUGCAAAGGCACCGAGCAAGUAAAUAAGAAAGAAAAGGAUGAAAGACCGAGCAAUAACCAUGGUGAAUAUUGGGGGGGGGGGGUCGUGGCCAAGGAUAAGGUCGACGCUGAGGAUGUGGAAGAGUUUGAAGAAUCAAAUAUGGGGGAGAAAGCAGAAGACGUCAGGCUGGAGCAUGUGACUCCACCAAGCUUACCUAAGCCAAGUAAUAAAGACUCACCACCAUCUUCCAUAAAUGAAGUAGUCGCGCCACAUGGAAGAAGUCUUCACGACGUAUAUGAAGACCCUCAAAGGUAA